UCCCGUGACGCGGCGCCCCGCCCCCCGCCUCGGCGGUGGCGUUUAUCCGCUGUGGGAAAUUCAGUUCCUCUCUGGUCGACGUGUCCCGAGUCGGAGCAAGCAAGCAACUCGCCAUGGAGCUGGAGUCGAUGAGCCGCUACAGCAGCCCGGUGAAUCCGGCUGUGUUCCCGCACCUCACCGUCGUGCUGCUCGCCAUCGGCGUCUUCUUCACCGCGUGGUUCUUCGUAUACGAGGUGACGUCCACCAAGUACACGCGCGACAUCUACAAGGAGCUUCUCAUCUCGCUGGUGGCGUCGCUGUUUAUGGGCUUUGGGGUCCUCUUCCUGCUACUCUGGGUCGGGAUCUACGUGUAGCUGGGGAGGACGAUGACGGCGGCGCUUGGGUCGAGGGGAGAUGGAAAGGGGCUUUCACUGCGAUUUUGUGGACCGACUGAACCAUUAAUUUGUCACUUCAUCACAAGGAAUAAAAUUUGUAUAUAAAAAAUA